AUGGCCGAUACGCCCGCCGAUUCUCGGCCUCUGGUGCUCGUCUUCGGCGGCACAGGCCGCACAGCGGCAGUCAUCAUCGACGGUCUCCUAAAGUCCGGCGCAUUCCGCGUCGCCACCGCCGUGCGUGCCCCUUCUCUCUCCAAGCCGGCGGUCGUCGAGUAUAGGAAGCACGGCGUCAUCGUCCGCGCGGCGGACAUCGACGACGGCGUCGAGAAGCUGGCCGCGGUCCUGGACGGGGUAGACGUGCUGAUCAGCACGAUCACCGCGGAGAAGGUCCCUAACCAGCGCGACCUGUUCACCGCCGCGAAGCGCGUCGGCGUCAAGCGGGUCGUCCCGUGCGACUUCGGGACCCCCGGGGCGCGCGGGGUGCGCGAGCUGCUCGACGAGAAGCUCGAGAUACACGAGCACAUCAAGAGCCUCGGCCUCGGCUACACCUUCGUCGACAUCGGGUGGUGGAUGCAGAUCUCCCUGCCCUGCCGCUCCACGAGCAAGUCCACGAGGCGCGAUAUGAGCCGCCGGCUGUACAGCGGCGGCGCGCAGAAGAUGGUCGUCACCAACCUGGACCGCGUCGGCGUGUACGUCGCGCGCGUCGUCGCGGACGAGCGCACGCUCGGCCACUCCGUGCUCAUCUGGGAGGACCAGGUGACCGGGUUGCAAGCCAUGGAGAUCGGCGCCAAGGCGAGCGGGGAGGGCCCGGCCUUGCUCGAGGACGUCGCGCACGUGUCCGCGGACGAGCUGCUCGAACGAAUCGCGGCCGCGAAGGAAGAGUAUGCGAGGACGCGUUCUUUUGCCUCGUGGGCGACCCAGGCGUAUUGCCAGUACCAAUACAGCAUCCACGUCCUCGGCGAAAACAGCCUGGAGAACGCAAAGGCGCUGGGGUACCUCGAUUCCCGCGAGUUGUACCCCGACAUCGUUCCGGACACGCUGGAGAACUACGCGCCGACGUUUUACGAGAACGAAUAUAUUAUGUAG